UAAGAAAAUAUAAUUACACAACCCGUCCUCAUACUUUCAACUAUUUACAUUAACAACCCUUCUGACUUGAAUGAAGUCCACCAAACUCCGGUGAUCAACUAUCUUUCUUUGCCGCAACCCAACCCAACCUAACAACAGCUGCAUUAUCAUACCAUCGUUUGGGUUCGACCAGAUGGCAUACACAGGUCUUGAUCAGAUGUUCAUGGCUAACUUGAAGCAACUGAUCCACUGCAAUGAUAUUCCAUUCAUCAACGACAAUCCAUCCAUAAUUAUAUCUCAAAGGCCUCAAUUUCAAGUGCUCUAUCAAGAGCUUGCCUCCAUCAUUCAGACCCUUUCCAAUAUCCAUCAACAUCAUCAUCAUCAUCAUCAUCAUCCACAUGAGCUCGAAAAACUUAGAAAUCUCAAGAUCAGAUUUAAAGACGUAGCAGAAGAAGCACAAGAUACCAUUAAUCUAUUUCUGUCUGGUCUUCACUUUAGAAACAGAGGACUUUCCCCUACAUCUGAUAUCUAUAAGACCUCCCUGGAUCUUGAGAAUGUUAUGACGUCAAUCGAGUCUAUCAAGGUGGAGUUCAUGAAGUUCAACAUCGAUAACAUGAAGAUAUGCUCGUCUCCGAGAAUCGACACCCAGUCUGCCGCUGCUGCCAUUGUACCUUCCUGCACCAGAAAUCCAUCAGGAAGGAAGAAGUCAUUAAUGGAAGAUAUUGUUGUGGGGCUUGAGCAUGAUGUCUAGCUCAUACGUGACAAACUUGCUGAAGAUACAAAGCAAUUGGGUAUCGUCUCUAUUGUUGGUAUGGGCGGACUUGGUAAGACUACCCUAGCUACCAAAGUAUUCAAUGAUCGUUUUGUUGUGUAUCAUUUCCGCGUGCGUGCAUGGGCCACUGUUUCUCAAACAUAUAUAAAACGGGAUUUCUUAACUCAAAUUCUAACAUCCAUUGGUGUUCAAAAAGACCUUGAAGAAACUAGUGACUCUCAACUUCGAGGAAAGUUGCACAAACAGCUAACGGGUAAGAGGUAUCUGAUUGUGAUUGAUGAUAUCUGGAGCAUUAAGGCUUGGGAUGAUUUGAAAUUAUUUUUUCCCAAUGAGAACACCGGAAGUAGAAUUCUGCUCACAAGUCGACUCAACAAAGUUGCUUUGCAUGCAAAACCGCACGGGUUCGUCCACUCGUUGCCUUAUUUGACGAAAGAUGAAAGCUGGGAGUUACUGAAGGAGAAGGUGUUCCAUGGCGAUAAGUGUCCUGAAUGGUUGAUUAAACCCGGAAUGCAAAUAGCAGAAAAAUGCCAGGGACUACCUCUUUCAGUGGUUGUCAUGGCUGGAGUUCUAGCAAAAGAAACAAUGAGUAAAUAUUUGUGGCAAAAAAUUGCUCGUGGUGCGGGUUCGUACAUUGUUAGCGACCAAAAAGGAUGCAUGGAAACACUGAGUUUAAGUUACGACCAUUUACCUCAUCACUUGAGAGAGUGCUUUCUGUACAUAGGAGGCUUCCCAGAAGACUUUGUGAUCAAUAUAAAGAAAUUGAUAAUUUUGUGGGUGGCUGAGGGAUUCAUUGAAGAAGUUACAAAUCAAAGCAUGGAAGUUACUGCAAAGGCUUACCUUCUGGAUCUAAUCGAUAGAAAUCUUGUAACGGUUGCAGAAAGAACGUUUACGGGUGAUGUGAAAGCUUGUAAACUCCAUGUUUUGCUUUGCUGUUGGUUCUGUCAAAAACAUUGCUGUCAAAGAUCAAAAAUCAAGACACCUGAUGUUGCUACUUAUCUCCAAACACUCAUUGUUAAAAUGAGUUUUGUCCGUGUGGCUUCUUUACCCGGUAACAUAUCAGAUCUGGUAAACUUGAGGCAUUUGUGGAGUAACAAGCAACUUCUUCUUCCUGCUAUUAAAAAACCAAUGAAUUUGGAAUCCAUUUCGAGUGUGAGGUUGGAAGAUGGAGUCGAUAGUUUUGGGAGAUGUUUUCCCAACAUCAAGAAGCUUGAAUAUACUCUUGUACCGGAUGAGGAAUGUCGCUUUGAAUAUCUCCCUUACCUUGAGAACUUGAAGUUAAGUUUGGCGCUCAAGGGCCCUAAACAUCAACAAAGCUUACUGAAUCGCAUUUGGUUCCCUACAUCGAUGAAAAAACUUGCACUUGUAAGGUGUGGUCUACCUUGGAGCGAUAUGUCGAUCAUUCAAGCGUUGCCUAACCUGGAGGUUCUCAAACUAAUAGACAAUGCAUUUCAAGGAACACAGUGGGAUGCAUGUGAGCAGCAGUUCGGACAGCUGAAAUUCUUGAGACUUGAGAGUUUAAAUAUCGAACGGUGGGAAGCCCAUAGUGCAAGCUUCCCAUGUCUCAGACGAUUAACGUUGUGGGACUGCGAUGAUCUUGAAGGGGUCCCCCAUGAAAUUGGGGACAUUUCUACGCUUGAGCUUAUUGAAACUAACAGCUGGAACAACUCUGUUAUGAAAUCUGUGAACAGAAUUCAAAAAGAACAACGGGAUGAGGGAAACACUUUGCUGAAGAUCACUGUUGAUGGAAUGGAGUUGUCCACUAAUUUAUCCGAUCAUGAGGGUUCAGAGUCGGAAUAGUAAUAAGCUGAAAGGAUCUUCUGUUCAAUCGAGAGGUCAUUUUGAUUUCUUUGAUAAUAUGGCAAAUGCGAUUUCUUUUUUCCCCUUACCAUGAAACCUUAAUCAUUUUGACAACUUAAUUAUUCUGCAUUAAACCAUUCAGAAACUGUCAAACAGCCCGAGUUGAAGAUGACCGUUGAUAGAUUGGAGUCAGAGAUUGAGAGAGGUCAAACAUGAUAGAAUGAGGAAACGAUAUUUGCUACAUAUGUUCUAACUAAAUGGUGUUCAUUCAUUAUCAUUUUGUAAAUUUUCUUUCCAAGUUUCAGCACCCCAAAUG